UUUCGUUGAAACCAUCAAAACGAAUGGAGCUAAUAUUUUGCAAAAAAAAAAAAUAUUUUAUAUCACUUUAAUUUGAUACUCUAUUUGCCAUUUUAUAUCGUAUGGUUUGUUUUAAAUAAUAGGCAUAAGUAAAAAAUAAAAAAUAGGAAAAAAUCAUCAAGUGAAAAAGUUAAAUUUGAACAAAGACAAAUAAUUUUUAUCAGUUGUGGCUUGCCUCCUUUGUGCUUAUCAUAAAAUAAAAUAAAAAAAUAUGGAUCAUUCACAUCAUCACCACCAUGAUGAAAUCGCUGCUUCCAGUGAGUCUCCAAUGGACCACAGUGCACACCACAAAGGACAUGACGAUUCUAGUACGUCACCAAUGCAACAUGCAAUGCAUCAUAUGAUGUCGAUGGCUUUUCACGGUGGUUGUAACGAAACAAUUUUAUUCGAACAAUGGAAAACUUCUUCGUGGAGUGGACUGGUAUUUUCUAUGUUUAUAAUCUUUAUACUGGCAACUUUAUACGAGGGACUUAAAUACUAUCGGGAACAUCUCUUUUGGAAAUCGUAUAAUGCUUUGCAAUAUCGAGCUGUAACGUUACCGGAGAAAAAUGUAGUGACUCAAGAGGAUAAUCGUGUUGUACACAUGGUUGGUGAAGUGAUACAUAAACAACCACCAUCAAUAUGUUCCUUAAUGCAUUACUACCAAACAUUUUUGCAUCUUGUACAAAUAACACUAAGCUAUGCAUUAAUGUUAAUAUUUAUGGUUUACAACGUUUGGCUCUGUUUAGCUGUAGUAGUUGGUGCUACCUUUGGUUACUUUUUGUUUGGUUGGAAGAAAUCAGUCAUUGUCGAUGUAACGGAACAUUGUCAUUGAAUCGUGGUAUGGAUUGUCAAACGUAUUUUAGGAGUUUUGCAGAGAAAAAAGAUCAAGAAAGAGUUGAGGCGAACUUUUAAAUCUAAAAUUAAACUAGUAUAAAACACAAAUAUACAUUAUUCGAAUUAAGACAGAUUAAAGAAUUUAAUCGAUUUUAGUUAUUUUAAACAUUUUUUUAUAUAUCUAUACAACAUACUUUGAAAAAUAUUUUGUUAUAAUUUAUUUUUAAGAAAAAACGAGAAAAAACAUACAUUUUACGUUG